AUGGGACGAGGUCUCAGCGCUCGACGGCGCGCCAAGCGCCAGCUGGCGGCCAACGAGUCGAACCUGUACAAAGCACAGUUCGGGAAGGCGAGCGCGUUCGCGCUAGCCAAGCUGGAGGGUGAGAUAGAUGCGAAAAAGGAGCGGGAGUACGUUCCAAGGUCGAUGCGGCGGAUGAUGGAGCUGGACGAGGUGGCCAGGGCGAAGAAAGCGGAGCGCCUGGCGAAGCAGCAGGGCCUCGCGGGGUCCGCUCCCGGUGCAGCAAACGCGGGCUCCCGGGAUAAGGCAACGGCGCCCGCGAGUUCGGACAAGGCGUCCCCCGCGGACGAGAAGGCGGGGAAAGCGGCCGCUGCAGGCGGCGACUCCGACGGCGAGACGGGCGGGAAGGACCAGGAUGCGCGCCAGGGCGAGGGGGAGAAGACGCGAGGCGGUGCCAAGAAGGGCGGUCGGGAGUCCGAGAGGCUGUUUGCGAAGACGAAGAAGGAGAGGCGGAGGGAGCACCUGAAGCUGAAGAAGAAGCUCAAGAAGAGCAAGAGGCAGGGCCGGAACGACGGCGCGGAGGACGAGCUCCCCAGCGACAACGUGGCGUUCGGCGAGGUCGUGCACAACGUCCCGAGCUUCAACCUGAAGCGGAGACACUGGGCGAAGGCGGAGGCGGCGUCCCAGCGGAAGGGCCAUCAAGCGCCGAGCAAGGGCGCCAAGCUGGGCGACCUCCUGGCGCGGCGGAUAGAGGAGGCGGAGGCGCGCACGGGCGUGAAGGCGUCUUCGGACGUGUUCAAGAAGCGCACAGGCGGCAAGGAGAAGCCCGUCGGGCUGCGCGCCAAGGCGCAGCAGGAGGCGCUGCGCGAGGAGGCCAUCCAGGCGUACAGGGCCACGAAGCUGGCGCGGAUACAGCGCACGGGCGGGAGCACGCAGGGACUCAAGGUCGGGCAGGCGACGGCACAGUCGCUGAGGCGGCUCGCGCAGCAGCCAGACUCGAUGCGCGACGGUUGA